CAAAGAAAACGAAGGAGCCUUAAAGAGACAGAGACAACGAGAGAGAUAAAGAGAGAGAGAGGGUAGCCGAGCAGAGAGGUCGGGCGAAUCUUCGAAUUUUUCUCUUCCAGACGCCAGCAGAAGAAAACAGUGAAAGAAGGCAGAGGCGUUACAGAGAGAGAAAGAGUGAAAGACGGAGAGAGGAAGGGUCAGAGAAGAACAGUUCCAAUUCUUCUCUCUCUUCCCCUCUCUCUCUCUUGUGUUCCAGCCUAGAAAUCCCACACCAUUGCAUAGAUAGUAGCCCUCCGUUUGCUCGUCUAACCGAUUUCUCCUCGGAUCCUUCUCUCCACCUCGCCUCUCUUGUCGCCGCCCCAGCAACCGAACUAGAGUUUCCGAGAGGGCCUUGUAUGGAUCUUUGCUGCACUCUAGAACCCCUCAGCGAUACGGAGACUGACGGUGUUUUUGUGAUCAGGUUGGACUUUUAUUAACAGUAUCGAUUGCAGUUCUCAUCUUCUGAAGUCUGAGAUCUGGAAAAUGUCAGUCUUCCACGUAGAAGGAUUUGAAGGAGCGGUCAGUUGCGAUGAGAGGAAAGAGAGGAGAUCAGAUGUUGAGAUCUCGGAAGAUGAGAGAAGGAGAACAAAGAUCGGGUCUCUGAAGAAGAAGGCUUUGAAUGCUUCCACUAAAUUUACCCACUCUCUUAAGAAACGAGGGAAACGGAAAGUUGAUUUCAGGGUUCCUUCAGUUGCGAUCGAGGAUAUAAGGGAUGCUGAAGAGGAGCGCGCAGUCUAUGCUUUCCGGCAAGAGCUCAUUGCCAAGGAUUUAUUGCCUGAUAAGCACGAUGACUAUCACACGUUGCUCAGAUUUCUUAAGGCUAGGAAAUUUGACUUUGAGAGAUCGACCCAGAUGUGGGCCGAGAUGCUUCGAUGGAGAAAAGAGUUUAGAGCAGACACUAUUUUGGAGGAUUUUGACUUUGAAGAACUGGAGGAAGUCCUACACUACUAUCCUCAAGGGUACCAUGGAGUGGACAGGGAGGGAAGGCCUGUAUACAUUGAGAGGCUUGGAAGAGUCGAGCCUAACAAGCUUAUGCACAUCACUACAGUUGAGCGCUACAUAAAAUAUCACGUACAGGAAUUUGAGAGGGCCCUGCAUGAGAGAUUUCCUGCUUGUUCAAUUGCUGCCAAAAGGCACAUUGAUUCAACAACAACAAUACUGGAUGUGCAUGGUGUGGGAUUGAAGAAUUUCAGCAAGACAGCAAGAGACCUCUUGCACAAUAUGCAGAAAAUAGAUGGUGAUUACUAUCCUGAGACACUUCAUCAAAUGUUCAUUGUUAAUGCCGGUCAUGGUUUCAAGCUGCUUUGGAACACUGUAAAGGGAUUUCUUGACCCCAAAACCACGGCAAAGAUCCAUGUACUUGGGACCAAAUAUCAGAGUAGACUUCUUGAAGCUAUUGAUGCAAGCCAACUGCCAGAAUUCCUGGGUGGCUCAUGCACAUGCUCUGAUGAAGGUGGAUGUCUUAGGUCUAAUAAAGGACCAUGGAAUGACCCUGUCAUUAUGAAGCUUGCACAUAGUGUUGAAGCAGCAUUUGUAAGGGAAAUUAGGCGAGUAUCUGUUGGAGAACAAAGAAAUGAACCCUGUCCUAGGCUAUGCACACUGAAGGGAAGAAGCAGUGAUACUUCAACGGCUGAAUCAGGAUCAGAUUUUGAUGAUCUUGGUUCUCCUAUUAUGUCCAGAACUGCCGAAUAUAGUCGUUUGGCUCCGGUUCAUGAAGAAGCUAGGAUGGCAGAUUCAACAUCUUACUACAGUUGCCAUGACCGCUUUGUGUUGGUUGAUAAGACUGUAGUAUCCAGAAGGAAAACAGGAUCUGCUGGUCAUGCAUCAAGAGAACUCAAGGAUCAUGGACGUGGCUUUGCCAAUGGAACAUCACAUUCACUAGUUUCAGGUAACUUGCGCAAUGAUAGGUGCAAACAAACCCGGGAAGAUGUGGAGGAAGGAAAUUUGCGAUAUCUUGCAAGAGCACUAGUUGCAUUUUUGGUUAAAUUGCUAUCCUUCUUUCAUGUCUUUGGUUGUAGACAUGAAAGGAGGUUGGAGAACAUUCAUCCAUCAGAUACAUUGGUCCCUGCUCCAGAGAGCCAUCCCAGUGUGGAAGUUGUCACGGAAAACAAUUUCCGUCCAUGUUUAGAACGUGUUCAAAGGCUUGAGUUGAUGUUCAAUGAGCUCAGUAGCAAACCUGCACAGAUUCCACAGGAAAAAGAGCGCGCGCUUCUUGAUUCUUGGGACAGGAUCAAGUCCAUUGAGUUUGACCUUGAGAAGACAAAGAAGGUAUUGCAGGCCACAGUGGUGAAGCAAAUGGAGAUUGCAGAAAUGUUAGAAGCUGUACAGGAGUCCAAUAUUAGCAGAAGGAAGUUUUGUUAAAUCCUGAGUGGAAGUAGCUGUACAUCAAUGAGAUGCAUAGCACUGAGAUGCAUAGCAAGGGCAGUUUUCGGUUCAGAUUAGCAUCAAAAGAAGACUACCUUCUAUACAAGUUUCUUUUUCUUUUCUUUGUUUUUUGUUCGUGAUCAGAAAUUUAUUGUUUACAUAGCACAUGCAGCAUCAUGGAGAAGGCGAGAUGGUGGAUGAGGAAAAGGGAAAGAUGAAGGGAAAAACAGAGGAAAUUUCACACUUAAUAUAUAUGUUUUCUUUGUUUUGGCAA